GUGAUGGGGGCCAAGUCCUGACACGAAUAGUGCCAACCUGAGUAAUCAGUGACCUCUCUAAAAAGUUUUAUCCUGUACUCUAGUUGUCUACAGAUGCCAAAACAGGGCGGCCAAGAACUUUUUUUGUCUAAAUGAAGCUCCUCAACUCGCCUCAGCACUAAGAUGGUGCGAAAACAAUUUUAUUGCUUCGCCAUGAGCAAAACAGAUCGGCAAGUUUGCAAAUGCCAAAUGGAAUAUGCAGUGGAUUCACUGUGUCCUUUUCGUGAAUUUUGUCUGGUGGUGGGCCGUGAGACUCUUCUAAUGUUAAAACGUAUGCCUUGGCUCAGAGGAGGUCUGCAUACACUGGAUUAAAUAGAUGUUCCAGUAUACCUACCGGUAAUUUGGUGGCCGAUUAGUACGGAAUGUACAUUACAUGACAACACUGCCCACAGAAGCAGUGCAGCGGUAAUGGUACUGUAGUGUAAAAACAAAUGCUUUGUGCAUCACAAUUUAAGUUGCGAAACUUCAUCGUGCUCCUCUACAAGUACAGUGCGUUUUGGCGAUGCUUAAACGUGGAAGGAGUGCGCUGAGGUGUCAUCAGCGAGCAUCCUCUCGUGAUCGAGCAACCUUGAGCAAACUGCGACAGCACAGCAGCGCCAAUGGCAGCCAAACAUCCGAGGAGCGGGCGAGGAGGAUGACAGCAACAUGGUGAGACUGCUCUCGCUGCAUGGCAACGCUCGCCCCGAUUUCCGUGCGCUCUCAGCACAAGCACGAGCACGUCGUGUCGCCGCAACUUCACCGCAGUAUUUAAAAAGUUCACACAGGGAAGAGUGUAAUCCUUCAGUCCGACACAAGGAGUGUGAACAGUCCAGCAAUGAAUGAGAUUCCCCGGUUGCAGCUGAGGUGAGGAAGAAGCAUGGGGCGUAAAUCCGAAGUGUUGAGGCAAACGUGACAGUAUGUUCUGCGUUGGAGAGGCUCAAAAUGGAAAAGCACCCAUGCAGGGAGGAGAACAUUGACUCGAGCAGGGACCAGCAUGCCGCCGAUCAGCCAGGGGACAGCAGCAGCAGCUCAGGAAGUGACGCUGAGGAGCAGCAGCGCCAGAAGGCUCAGGUGAACAACAGCGGCUGUCAGAAGUGGGAGCCCUUGGCGGUGACCAAGCCCCAUCGGCAGCUGUGUCGUUCCCCGUGCCUCGACCAGCCCAGUUUUUCCCAGAGUAGCACGGUGCAAGAUUCCCGUGAGGAUGAGACCAGCGCGGGGCCAGCGAUCAAAGCGGCCAGUGAGAGGGAGUACCAGACAAAAAUGGACUUUGCGUUGAAGCUGGGCUACUCUGGAGAGCAGGUGGAGAUGGUGCUCAAUAAACUGGGGGCCGCAGCUCUCAUUAAUGACCUUCUUGCUGAGCUCGUAAGGCUGGGAAACAAAGUGGAGCCUGAAAGUCAACCUUGCAGCACCGCAGCCGCGUCGCUCUCACUUACACCGUGCUCUAAAGAGACCGUUAGUCCUGAGGUGUCGGUGGAAGAGGAAUCUGUGGACCCAUACGACAACCUCAGGCCUAUUGUCAUUGAUGGGUCCAAUGUGGCAAUGAGCCAUGGAAACAAAGAGGUUUUCUCUUGCCGUGGUAUCCAACUGGCUGUCGAAUGGUUCCUCGAAAAGGGGCACAAAGACAUUACUGUGUUUGUCCCAGCCUGGAGAAAGGAACAGUCAAGGCCCGAUGCUCUCAUUACAGAUCAAGAAAUAUUACGCAAGCUCGAAAAAGAGAAGAUCCUGGUUUUCACCCCAUCUCGGAGAGUCCAAGGCAGACGGGUGGUGUGCUAUGAUGAUCGCUUCAUAGUGAAGCUGGCUUAUGAUUCUGAUGGAAUUAUUGUGUCAAAUGACAACUACAGAGACUUGCAAAAUGAAAAACCAGAGUGGAAGAAGUUCAUCGAGGAACGUCUCCUAAUGUAUUCAUUCGUCAAUGACAAAUUUAUGCCACCCGAUGACCCACUGGGAAGACAUGGUCCUAGCUUGGAAAAUUUCCUUCGCAAGCGUCCUGUUGUCCCAGAGCAUAAAAAACAACCUUGCCCCUAUGGCAAAAAAUGCACAUAUGGACACAAGUGCAAAUACUAUCAUCCGGAGCGUGUCAACCAACCGCUGCGGUCGGUGGCCGAUGAAUUGCGGGCCUUUGCAAAACUGUCUGCAGUGAAGACGAUGAGCGAGGGGGCCUUAGCGAAAUGCGGCACCGGUCCGGCACUUGUGAACAGGGACAACAACUCUGAAGUCAAACGCGUGGCGCCCAAACGCCAGUCCGACCCGAGUAUACGCUCGGUGGCAUGCGAGUCUCCCGAAAGCCUGUCCGUUGUGAGGAAGUCUGAGACAAAUUCAGUGCCUUCCCUUGUGACCGCUCUCAGCGUGCCCACCAUGCAGCCCGCCAAGAGCCACGCAGCCGGGGCCUUGAACACGCGAUCCGCUAGCAGCCCGGUGCCAGGUUCUUUGCAGUUCUCACAUAGUUCUCUCGAGCACAUGUCUAGUGUACAGUACCCUCCCAUUUUGGUCACCAACAGUCACGGCGCUUCUGUUACAUAUGGCGACCAGUUCCCAAAGUAUGACUCGGUCAGCGACCACGGCUAUUAUUCACUGCACAGUGACUUUUCAAACAUGAGCAUGAGCAGUAUGCACAACGUCGACAGUUUCUGUAGCAUGGAGCACGAGCACGCGGUGUGCCUGAGAACUCGCAGCCACUGCACCGAGUCCUGCCUCAGCCACUCCAACAGCGAUUCGUUCUCCUCCUACGGCGACAUGUACCCGAGCUCUGUGGACGGGAGCCUGGAGGAGAGCAUGAAGGGCCAGCAGCAGUCCCCGGCAACGGGGAGAAUGCAGACUUUCCCCCACGGCUUUCGACACGAAGCGCUCACCCGGGUUCAGAGUUACGGGCCGGAGGAGCCCAAGCAGGGUCCAUGUAAGCAGCCCGCACCUCAUCUGGCCCCGCACAUCCAGCACGUCGCAGUGGGGGCCAGGUCGAGCUGCCCCGGAGACUACCCCGUGGCUCAAAACGUCCUACCGCCGCUGUCAUCGCAGCCGACGCGGUCACUCGGCAUGACUCGCAUGGACAGCAUAUCCGAUUCCAGGCUGUACGACAGCAACCCAAUGAGACAGAGGCGACCGCCGCUGUGCCGCGAGCAACACGCGAGCUGGGACCCACUGCCCUGCGGGAACGAGUCUUACGGCUAUCACUCGUAUCCGCUGAGCAACAGCCUGAUGCCGUGUUGCGAGCGAGUCAUGGUCCGCAGCAUGCCUGACAAAAUGGAGCAAAUUUGGAACUCGCCGUGGGAGGCCCCACCCGCAACGGAACACGCUGAACGGUAUGUCAUCCCAGAGCACCAGUAUCAAACAUAUCGGAACCUUUGCAACAUUUUUCCUGCUUAUGUAGUCCAUUCGGUGAUGGAGAAGAACCCUCAUUUGACAGACCCCCAACAACUGGCGGCUGUCAUUGUUACAAAUUUGAGGUCUUGUCACUGAGGGCAAAAAGGUUAAAAAAAAUAAUAAGGUGGAAAUUUUGAAAAUAGAUUUGAGUGUUUUGGUUGCAAACACAGGCACUUGCUAAAUGUUGCCAAAUGUGCAACAUUUGCCCUCAGGAGUUCUUUUUUUUUUUUAAUGUCUCUGGUACAAAACCCAGCUCUCUGGAUUUUCAUCAGCAAGAUGACAAAGUCAACAGCCUAGAUGAAGUAUGUCUGACAUUUUUUUGAGUGCAACUUAAAGAUGUUUCGCACACAGAAGGCUAUACAUUUAUGAGAAGUGUGGUGCAAUUGUAAAAGAAAACUUUACUGUAUGUGUUUCAUAACGCAUUUAUCAUACUUGACCAGGAGCGGAGUUUCCUUUCAAAAAUAUCAAAUAAGGAUUUUUUUUUUCCUACAAUGUAUUUCGAUUAGCUUUUAUCAAAAAUGUGUCAGUUGGUUAACCGUCCGAUUUCAAGAAAUAAGGUUAACCAGUGCCAAACUUUGGGCCACUUGCUUUUAAUAUAAACCAGAAACAUCACCGCGAGUUGCUGCUUUUCAGCAUUUGGUUUCAUUUCAUCAAAAAUAUACGGUACUUGGUUUUAGCCACAUGGCUAUUAAGAUGUUCGUGUUCAGGUCAUGUAGAUGUGCUGUGAAAGGCAUCACAAAUGUUUGUGGUGCAGUGCAACUAUCAAUAACUUUCUUGAGCUUUGCCUCUACUGUAAAAAAAUAGUGGUGAUUUUUUUCUUCCUUUUUUGUGCAUUUCUUUCAAAAACGAGUAAGAGGGAGGUACACUCAUACCUCCAAGCAUGAACUGAUAUUUAAUGGCCUUAUAUCUGAGUGACCUCACGCUUUAGUCUCCUUCAAUGAACGUCUUUGGCAUUGAAGCCUCUUACUUUCAAACCUAAAGCACUAUCUCAGUCUGGAAAGAGAUCUAUUUUCUCAAUCUCACAAAGCUACUAUUUUGGUAGAAUUUGACAGUGCACAAAGCAAGCCAAAAAGAGAUUGUCUUGCAUACAGGUGCACGUGUCUAUAUCUAUGUACAUUAAAAAAAAAGAACAUCACACAAAAGCCAUUAUUUCAGUCAUUUAUAAGCUGCUAAAUAACGCCAAAAAAAGAAAAUAGUCAUUAUUCUGACUUCACAUUUCAUUUUGCUUCACGUAAUUGGAAUUAUUUCUCAUUUCCAACUGCCUAGUAUAUUUUUGUCAGAUUUGCUGUGAAAAUAGUUUAUAAUAUAUAUGUAGCGCUAACUAUGUAUCUUUGGCUUUUAGACAGCGCUCUUGAUUUUUUUUAAUUACCGGUACCUCUAUUUCUCUAGUAUAAAUUAAGAAGUACUCUUAAAUUUGGGUGUUUCAUACCUACUAGUGACCCAUCACAAAUACAAUGUUAUCACAAUAUGACUUGUUUUUUUCUCAAUUUAAUUUAUUUCCAGGCUACAUAUAGUAUAUGAUUAUCUUAACAAAAAAAAACAACAAAAAAAGAAAACAAAAAAAAGAACGCUCCUCUGAACUACUUCAGGUUGUCAGUAGAGCUGUUUGUUGCUCAUUUGUAUCAAAGACUACUUUUCCAUGCACUCAAAUGGACUGAGACACAUACGGCUUUUAUUUCUAGUGGGCUUUGGCUUGAAGAACAUUUCUUGAGGUAUUUCCGAGCCCGCUUACAAUUUACUUUUAAGAGUCAGUCAGUGCAAAUACAUUUUUUUAGCAAAAGCUGCAAAGUUGCUCAUGCAUCCACAGUAAAUUAGAUGCAGCGAACGACAAUAAAAUUGUUUGAAUUGGGACGAUCAAGAUGCAUUUAGAGUAAAAAGAUUACUGCAAAAAAAAAAGUUUACCGUCAAGAGUUUGCACAGUUUUCUUCUGAUAUUUAGAUGGAUAGAUUAAAAAUCUAUCCACGAGUAUUCAGCCUGCAAGGUUAUUAUAAAGGAGGGGUUUAUUGUUGUAUUUUUCGGGUGAAAAAAACAACUGACAUGAAUGCAAGAAAGCAUGUUUAGUAUGAUGUUUGACUUUUAUCGUGAGAGUGGAUGGCUUAAAUACAGUUUGGCUGUGCCUUGCAGCACAUUGCUCUCAGGAUGCUUUCACUUUUUCACCUUCACUGGCCAAAAGAAAAAAAACCUGCUUACUGGUGGCAAGUGUUCUCUUCUAAUAGCGAUCUAUUUUGUGAAAACUUGUACAUGUAUAGAAAGUUGCAGUGUGGAAAAACUGCCUUGUAAAACCUUGUACAGCUAUCUCUGAAGUAUGCACCUUGAGUUGUUUAAGACUGGGUCAUUUGGGUGGCUUUACAUGAUGCGGAUGUGUUGGUGUUAGCAUUCAAAGCUUAUCGCAAUUGUGAAGCCACAAGUGUGGGCCUUGUAAUGCUGAUCUCACUGAUGUGGUGUAAAUGUACUGUAGGUUGUAUAUUUUUUUCAGGAAAAUUCUUUUCCAUCUUGUGAAAAUGGACGAAAAUUCUGGAAUUUUGAACUUUGAGAUGCUACCGCUGAAAAACAUCACAGGUAUCGUAUAAAGCCAGCCCAAAUGCAAGGUGUUGCUCGGAAUGCAUCGAAAGGGAAAUGCCACUUUACUGAAUCUCUAUGAUCACCCUGAGUGAGCAUCGAACCGUUCUUAAAAAAAAAAAGGGGGGAUGCAACUAACAUCUCUCACAAAAGUACACAAUGACAAAGGGCCACACAGAUUUUCGACAUUAAGUGGCGUUACUCCUUAACUGGGAAUUGAUGUGAGCUAGAUUAUUUUUCUCAAUGGUGAUUCUUUGACAAAUAUAUAUAUUUCUCUCUAAUGGUCGGUAAAACGAGUGUGUAGAAACAUCCAAAAAGGGAAGGAAAAAAAAGUGAAUGUGUAUAGCCCAAAAUAUUUUUUUUGGGCAUUGCUGACUUUGUUUUAUUUUUCAUGAAAACACACAAGGCCACUUGAGGCCAGCUGUCUGUUCAUGAGAAGGUGAAAACAAACUGCCUAAAUGUUUCUUCAUAUGAAACAGUCAGAUUGCAAGGCUGCCGUCACCGUUGUUUCUGGCAUUUGGCUCAACGUUUGCGUGCCACCCCGCCCCAUUCCCAGCUAGUUAUAUUGUCACAGAUUCCCCAAAAAUGUUCCUUGUGCAAAGGGAAAACAAAACAAAACAACCGCUAUCAUUACUGUUUCGGUGACUGAAAGAACACUGAGUUAAUUGCACUGAUAAUUUUAAGACGACACAGUCCAUCUCAAACCACAACAUCACAUCACAAGUGAAAGUGGAAUUAUUGUGUUCUAUCCUGCAAGGUCUGAUUGCAGUUGUAAGAAAAUUAGCAUAUUUCCUCAUAUAGUAACCUGGGAUGCAUUUUGUACUCAAUUACAGAGGGUCAUUUUCGACAAAUAACGUACUUAAUAAAUUACUACAAAACACAUGCCGUCAAAAUCACCCCCCAACACACUUUAAAAAAAUCUAUAAGAGGUGUGAUGUCAAAUGUAAUUUUUUAAAUGUUCAACGCGAUUAAUUUGGGCACGUCAGAGGCCACUAUUUGAGGAAAUGUUCUAUACAUGAAUAGAAAUCAAAUCAGUACAUGAAUGUACACAAAUGUAAAAAAUGAUUGGUCAUUUGGGGAAUUUGAACUACACACAUAAAAAAAACAUUUUAGACUUAUCUCAAACGAAGUGACAUAUUCUGUCUGACAUGCUGAUUUUUGUCACGAUGCACUUCGGUAAUUUUGAAUGACUUGUCGGAAAUGGGAUCCACAAGUUUGUCCAUAUUCAAUUACAUUGCUUGUUAAGUUGUUCUAGGCUGCACUUAAGAGCCCCAAAAAAAGUCUUAAGAGAAAACCCUAUCCAAUGAUGUAGCUUUGCGAAAAAAACUUUUCUCGUCGUAGUUCAAUGCCCCCGCAAUCCUUCUUUUGUAAGUGCCGCAAACAAGCCACAAAUGUCCAGAAUUGACUUUUACUUGUUGAUACAAAUUGUAUCUCUACCUUGAAUGUAAACUAAAUAUCAAAUGUAUAUUAUGAAAAGAGUUUUAUUGAAAUAAAGGGGAAAGAAAAAUGCCUAAUGUUGUGUGACACUGUGUGUCACUGGGAGUAGCCCAUAGGUAUGUACUAUCUUUUAUUGGAUACAGUAGUUAAUUUCCUGGGACUUUGAUGUGCUAGGUCAAGUGCGCAGCGAGACAAAACUGUGCCGCACUAAGCAUCACGCCCUCACUGUACAUACUUGCGUGUUCCUGUGGAUAGGAUUUAAUGUGUAAGUGUAAAGCAUUACUUCAGUUCACAUGAAUGUUGUAACCUGUGCUUAUUUUCUCUUGAUUUGUUCAUUUUGCCUUGUAUAAACUUUGCAUAUUUGGGUAUUUAAAAACAAACAAUGGUUUAACACUGAGAUUGUUAAGCACCAAACUAAUCUACUUUAAAGGAUACUUUGACUAAAAACUAUGAAAUGAGAGCACAGUGCCAGUUUUGAAUCAUUUGUGUUUUGAUGUUUCACGUUAUUGUUUUUUUUUUCUUCAAACUGAACUUUAGUGGAAUGUUUGGCAGGGGGUUGAAUGACUAAACAAUGUUGACAAACAGAUGUGUGCUAUUUGUUGUUACUUUGACCACUGCAAUAUGAUAUUGAAGUAGUGUAAAUGAAUACUUUUACUGUCGGUGGCCGGUUUGUGCGUACUUCCAGCUGGUGCCCUAUGAAAAUUGGACUCGUGUUUUGAAUAAUAGCAUGCUAAUAGAAGAGAUGAAAACCAAAGUUGUUCUUUUUUUUUUUUUUUUUACUGUACACAUUAUGAUUAGUGGUCCAAACAUACCUUCACACUUAUUGUGUACCGAUGACACUUGAUGCCAGCAUCCUCCCAGAUGGACAGACUUGUUUUGCAGAAUGUCAGGACUAGAGGUGUGCGCAUUAACAUGACUGUACAUAUUUACAGUGUAAUACUCAGGUUUGACCGGCUAACAUUCAAAAUCACAAGGUUCAAAAACAGUAAGUUGUACCGUUGCACUUUUCUAAAGUGGUGUGCGUGGACUGUAGUGUUUACAAUGUAACAAGGGAAACAUUGAAGCAAGCUUUUUGUGUUGUGCUUAUCUGCGGUAUUGUAAUCCUCACUGACUUGGAAAGCAUUGCUUUUUUUUUCUUUUUUUUUUUUUUUGUAGACCAAACUAGACUAUUUGAGUCUGUCGGCUCAAACAAAAUGUAAGUCUUAAUGACAUGUGUUUCUCACCAUUAAUAAAGCUAUAUUAUGUUCA